UAACAGAUAACGUAAUACAUGGUGACAAAUAAUAUAAAGACGAUAAUUACAUCAUCACUAUCCAUCACAAGAAAUAACCAAUCAGAGAUAUAAAAUUUCAAUUACUAUUAAUUAUUAUGUUUUCAUCCUUGAUAGAGUGACAAGAGUAUUUCUAAUAUGGCUGUGUACAACUUUCUUCUACCUGGACGAACAUACGUUGUGAAUGGGCUUAGAAGUCUUUUGAUUUCAAGAGUUCUAGUAAGAUAUCAGUCCAAUGAUAAUAUUCACCAGGAAAAACAACAUGAAUCGUCAAAUGAGGAAACUGAAGAAGAGUAUGAAAAAAAAACGAAGAGAAAAAUCCUUAUUGCAUCGAUGAACUUUGUCCCGGAGUUAGGAUGGAGUAGACAAGCUAUUAGCGCUGGUGCUGAAUCUAUUGGUUAUCCUGGCAUAAUUCAUGGAAUGUUUCCAAAUGGUGGUGCUGAAUUAGUUGCACAUUUUUAUUCAUCCUGCAAUAAUGAAUUGAAUAAAAUUCUGAAAGAAAAAUAUGAAAAAAUACAAGCUGAUCCUGCAAAAAAAGUACAAGAUACAGGAAAACAAAUUUGUUAUGCUAUAGAAACCAGGCUUAGGAUGAUAAUACCUUAUAAAAAAAAUUGGCCGCAAGCAAUAGCACUUAUGACACUUCCACCAAACGUUCCAACAGUACUAGCAAAUUUAGUUACUUUGGUCGAUGAUAUUUGUUAUUAUACUGGUGAUAGAUCCAUUGACAUCAAUUGGUAUACUAAAAGAGUAGUAUUAGCAGGUAUUUAUAAAACAACAGAAUUAUAUAUGCUUCAAGAUAACAGUGAGGAUCAUGAAGAAACAUGGAAAUUUUUGAAAAGACGAAUAGAAGAUGUUGAUCAGUUACAUAGAAUAAUAUCUGUAACUUCAGAUUUACAGCAACCAGAGCAGGCUUUGAAACAGGCAAAAGAAAUAGCCAGUGCUACUAUAAUUACUGCACGUAAUAUACUCGGUUGGAAUUGGUACAGAUAAGUUUUUAAAUAAACUAGAAAUAAUAUGUAGUAUUUGUAGAUAAAUUUAAUUAAAAUAUUUCUUAUAAGGAUCUGUAACAUACAAAUAACUUACAUUAUAUCGAAAAUAUCUCGUUUGUCAUUAUCACUGCUCUUAAAUUGUGAACACUUUUUUGUACAGUUUUAUAAAUACAUUUUAAUACAAAUUUAAAAUGUAUAAUUACGUUGUGCUUCUCAUUUUAAUUCGAACUAUUUAAAUCAUUUAAAUGCGUAUCUAAUCGUUGAAUUAUACUACAUGUACGUUUAAGUUUAAGAAGUAAAUAAAUAAAUAAAUAAAUAAAUAAAUAAAUAAAUAAAGUUAAACGAA